UAGAUGUCACACAUUCCAGUAGAGAAACGAACACAAGAGUAAACAUUUCAGCUGUAAAUCUUAGUAUUUUUAGUCCCAAACGCAAACAAAAUACCUCAGAAUGGUACGAGAAUUAAACAUGGAUACCCAGAGACAGAAUUUCUGGAAGGAAUCCGUCGAGAAAGAAGCCAUGGUUAGACUAAUGUGGCACACGCGGUAUUCGAAAGAAUUCUCGCGUUCGACUUUUGUUCCAAAGCCCAGAAAAGAAGGAAUGGUUAUCAAAUCUGCUGAAGGGAUCAAGCUUCCAGCUCUAAACAAUGACGAGCAGAAAACAUCUAAGACAGAUAUCCAAGAAGCAUCAAAGAAACAGUUUGGCGAAACCGCGAAAGAGAAUCCAGACGCACUUCUGGUCGAGAUGAGACCCGUGUCUAAAAACACAAAGAGCGUCUUGUACAAAGGGUUCAGUGCCCUUGGAGAAGGUCGCUAUGCUUACCUACAGAAAAGAAAGCUCAAGAAACCAGAAGAAAAGUAUGAAUUUCCGAUUACUAGUGCUUGGGAGAUUGGCUGGAAGAUCAAUGAGUACAUUCCUGCAAUCAAGAACGAACAGUUCGGUCGUACUCAUGUUAUACGGGACUCUUUUUAUCGACCUAAUGGCAUUUUCUAUCACUGAUAACUCUUAUCCUGAAAUCGUUGGAUCCCAGAAGCCCUUCAUCGAGGAUCCGGGAUGAAGGAAGACAUUGCUUAAUUACUGAAUAUUUAGAUUUCUAAAAGCCAUUUUGCUUCGCUUUUGUUUACAUGCAUGUUGACGCCGGCUGAACAUAAAGACAAACACCAAAUGAGGUCGUAUUAACACAAAGAAUCCCAACUUUUGCUCAAAACCUUUCCUAUUUUACCAAACCUACUUCAAAUUUACUCAUUUAAAAGUUUAUUACGAAAAAAUCUUUAUCGAAGGAAAACCUAAAGAUAAAAUUUAUAUGGUAAUGAAUGAUUUUUAUAAAAAAAUAACAAAAACAUUUUAUGUUGGUUGCUAUGGAAAUAACUUGAUUUAUUGAUUAGUAAAAAUCGAAUAAAUAAAGAUUUUUUAAAAAUUGAAGUGCAGAUGUCAAAUAUAGUGUAUAUACGCUUAAACAAAACCUAAAGAUUAAUUUUUUAGUAUGGGAAAUUUGGUACUUUCUUACUGAAAAUUUGGUAUAUAGUUCCCAAAGCUAAAUGCAAGUUGGUAGUGGGCACAAGUAUUGGUAGGGGGGAGGGGGGGGGGGGAGAAGAUUAACCCUGGAACAGGACUAUUCUACAGAACACUUUGGAAGAAUUACCUAUUGAAGAGACACUAACAGAAAUGAGGUCAAAUUUUUGAGCCCUUUCUUCUCCACUAUGCUAGAGUCUUCAUGUAUGGUCUAAGAGCUGCUCCAAGUUUUCCUCAUUGACACGACACAAGCUGCAAAGUUUAACUACAUAAAUUACCAGAAAUCUAUGGAAGACAUUGAAUCAUCAUUAUCCUUUAU